AUGUCUUCCGAAGACCUGCCUCGCUUCAGCCUCAUCCGAGAAUAUUUCUCGGAUGAAGAAUGGAACACCAUGUCAUUCUACGUGAAGUCAAGGAUGACAAAUCUCAAGGAAAACUACGACCUUCUCUUACGAAUGGAGGCCUCGACCACUGCCGCCGCAGCACCAUCGGGAAAGGAGAACAGGCCCCCCAAGAACGCCGUGGCGGGAGCAGCGACGCCCCUGCAGCGAGGAAGUUCCCGGCUGGCUUCGAGGUCCGGCGUGAAGCCACUCCUCGCUGCGCAGGAGAAGCAGGAGGAGGAAUACGAUCCCGGAGAGGGCACCUCGAGCCAGACGCGAUACCCGAAGCGGAGCCGCAAGUCCGUCAACUACGCCGAGUGCGAAGUUCCCUCCGAGGACGAGUUCUUCUACUGCCUGGAGUGCGGCGAAGACCGGCACGGCGACUGUCCCGUCCACGGACCCCUCGAGUUCGUCAAGGACACUCCGGUUCCCCCGGGGGACCCCCAGCGCGCGAACAAGACCCUGCCCGAGGGUCUGACGCUGGCCCGGUCCUGCAUUAAGGAGGCCGGGAAGGGGGUCUUCACCCUCAGGCCCCUCCCUGCCAGGCUGUGCUACGGGCCCUACGAAGGCGUGCGCUUCACCGGCUCCGGCGGGGGCAACGGAUACACCUGGAAGGUGCGUGGCCGGGGCGGCUACCUGGUGGACGCCCGGCCCCUGUCGGAGUCCAACUGGAUGCGCUACGUCAACUGCGCCCCGAGCGAGAAGAGCCAGAACCUCGUGGCCUUCCAGCACAGGGGAGGCGUCUACUACCAGACAAGGGCCAAGAUAGCGCCGGGGACCGAGCUGCUCGUCUGGUACGGGGACGAGUUUGGCGCCGAGCUAGGACUCGUCGAAGCCAAGGACGGAGCCCAGAAGAAGCACCAAGAAGAGGGGCCGUCCCUCGAGGGGUCAGUGCAGACCUUCGCGUGUGGGGACUGCGACAGCGUCUUCGCUUCCCUCGAGCACCUCCAGGGACACCGGAAGAAGAUGCACGAGAGGAGAGAGGGCAGGCACCGAUGCGGUCACUGUCCCUACUCCAGCGAUAAGAAACCAGACCUAGUCAGGCACCAGCGCACCCACACGGGAGAGAGGCCCUUCAAGUGCGGCACCUGCGGCAAGGCUUUCACGCAGGAGGGCAACUUGACCAGGCACCAGAAUGUGCACACGGGCGAGCGGCCUCACGAGUGCGCCGAGUGCGGGCAGAAGUUCGCCCGGCUGGGACACCUGAGGAUGCACGAAAGCACGCACAGCGGAGAGCGGCCCCACGUCUGCCCAGAGUGUGCGAGAGGAUUCGUUAAGAGAGGUGACCUCGCAAAGCACAGGCGAACCCACUCCGGCGAGAAGCCCUAUGCCUGCCACCUGUGCUCCUACAGGACCUCUGAUUUAAGCAACAUGAAGAGCCACGUGAUUCGGGUGCACUCAAAAGAGUAUCCCCACAAGUGCGGGGACUGCGGCAAAGGGUUCCGGUCCCCAGGUGAACUCAGAAGCCACAUGAGGAGGCAGCACUCCUGCGACGACCUGGAGCGGUAGAUGGACUCCGUGAUGGGGGAGGGGGGAGGGGCACCGGUUAAUAACGA